AUGAAGGAAGAUUCACACUGUUUCGAAGCAAUGAUGGAAACCUCAUGAUAUUCAUCAGAGAACUAAACCAACAGGAUGCUGGAAGAUACAGAAUCAGGGUUCUUGAUAAAUGGUAUAUAGAUAUGACUUUGAAUGUGAAUAAAGAUUUGUGUUGUAAAGUGUCAAAGAAAGUGAUGGUAAAUAGUGGACAAACUGCCACAUUCAGCUGUGAAUAUUCACAAAAUCAUAUUAAUGAUGCAAAAGUCAUAUUCAAAGAACGACAAAACUGCAUUGAAGAGUUGAUACACGCCACUGGCACACUGAAUGAGGAAGGAAGAUUCAGUAUUUCUGAUGACAGACAUAAAAACCUCUUCAGUGUGAGAAUUUCUGCUGUGACACCAGAUGAUGGAGGAGUUUAUUUAUGUGGAGUUUGGAUCAACAGACUCUUUUACUCCAUUAGUGAUAAAGUUCAUCUGCACAUUAUGGCUAAAGUGGGCGUGUCUAGAAUGACCGGAUACUCAGGAGGUCGUAUGAUGAUCAAGUGUGAACAUCCUCAAUACAAAACCAAGCUAAAAUACAUCUGUAAAGAAUCAGAUGGAUGUUCAGAGAGGAAGAAUCCAGGAGUUCAGGAUAAAUGGAUGGAGAAUGGAGAUGUUUCUUUAUAUGACGAUACCAGAGCAGGAGUCUUGAUGGUGUUUUUUAGAGAGCUGAAAGCUGCAGAUGCAGGAACAUACAGGUGUGGAGUGAAUGUGUCUCACUAUACUGAGAGCUUCACUGAACUUCAGCUGAACAUCACAGAUGAUGUAACAUUUGUGACUGAAUCUGCUCAUCUUGGUGGAGAAGUCAACAUCACCUGUCAGAUCCCAGAAGAACAUAAAGUUCAUUACUGCAAAGAGGAUGAUAAUCACAUCUGCCAAAACAUCAGCACAUCUACAGUGACAGAAAUGAAUGGUUCAUCUGAGAGAAAUGAAGAGAGAGUUUUUACAGUGAGCAUCAGUAAUGUGAGCGUGAGAGAUGCUGGAGUUUACUGGUGUGGAGCAGAAACCAGAGACACACAUUUGACCUUCAUCUCCCUGACCACCAAAAUUCAGCUCAACCUCAUCAUGGCUCCAGUAGUGAGACGUGAAGGAGAAUCUGCUGAGAUCAUCUGCCCUUAUGAUUCAAUCUAUAAAUCAAAGUCAAAGUCUCUCUGUAAGGGGAAGUGCUCCACUAGAGAUAGAAAUACUCUCAAUGAAGAGAAAGAGACCAAGACUGACAGAUUGACUCUGAAUGAUGACGCCACUGCAAGUGUCUUCACUGGGACCAUCACUGGACUGACAGCAGAGGAUGCUGGGAAAUACUGGUGUGCAUUAGAGAGAGACGUGAAUUAUCUUUACACUCAUCUGAUCGUCAUCAUGAACGAGGGUGAGGAAGGUUUAUCAUCUGAAUAUGUGAAACUAUGGCUGUGAAUUGAUGUUCUUAUAUUUCUAAUCAUUUCCAGAGCUGAACUUGACUAAGUAUGAAGGAGACGACAUGUCAAUCCAGUGCAAACAUCAUGAUGAACAUCAGAAACUCUUCUGCAAAGCACAUGAACCCUCCAUGUGUGUGAAGGAUGGAGUUUCAUUGGAGACGAUCAGAGAUGAUCGAGUCUCUUUCAGUGAUGAAGCUUCUACUGGAGUCUUUACUGUAAACAUCACUGAUCUGAGAGAAGAGGAUUCUGGGAUAUACUGGUGUGGAGCUCAAAUCACCACUAAAGUCAACCUCAUUGUCAAAAUUGAUUUCUCUUUGUUCAACAUUAUUUCUUUGUGUUCGACUCUGCUGCUGAUUGGAGGAUUCACUGUGACUGAGUGUUUAUUAAGAUGAGGUGAUGCUGUCCUUCGAAAACACACACACACACACACACACACACACAUUUAUCUAUGAAGCAGAUUAUAACUAUUAAAGACUACCCCAAACCCUGAAAUAAAGGGAUGUUAAUUAAUAUUCUUUUUUACCAAAUGAGGACAUUUUAAAAUGUCUUCAAAUGGAUGUUUUGUCAGAUGCAUCUCACUGUUGUUCAUCGCUGAUGUUGUGUUGAGAUUUUAAGGAUGAUCACAUCAUCGGACGAGUCAGUGAGGUAGUGAGUCGGUAUCUUCACUGAAGUUCUUGUGUGUUUCAUAUGCAAGUUUCGUUCUGCACACCAUGUUUUUCUCUUGUUUAAUCUCAGAUCAUACAUUCUUGAGCAGAUUCAGGAGUAGAUCCACUUUAUUCCUCUAGUCACCUUCCCACAAUCCCCUCUGAUGGCUUCACAUUAGGGAUAGGCGAUAUCUAUUGGCGAUAAAUUCUCCCCACAAUAAGAAUUAGUCUUCCUACCAUGAUAACAAUAAAGCCUAGUUGAUGACGUAUUUCUGUUUGCGACCCAUUCACAGCAGAGCGAAAGUGCAGAGUGAAAACAACUAUAGCAGAAGGCAGAUGUGAAGUUGAGGAGGAGUUUAUCGCUAAAGCUACCUCUACAAUCUGGAACUGGCACAAACAGAUAUAAUUUCGCUCACUGAACACUCUGACUGAGCGCUUGAGAGUUUCGCUCUCCAAAAAGUGCACUUUUUCAGUUAAUCUCAAUGAAUGCACAGUGUAUUUGACGCACAGUAAACACUAGUGUGGGGCGCCUGACUCGCCGUCGCUUUGCUGAGAGCGCUCAGUGUUUCUCACACACUCAAAGAGAGAGCGAGAGAGUCUUGCAUACAACACAGAAUUGACGUGCUACAUGUAAACGGUAUUCUUUGUUAUAUUUUUGUGUUUUCCUUUGAGUUCAUUUAGAAUUAUUCAGCCUUUAAUGUGUCCCCAGAAUGUGUCUGUGAAGUUUCAGCUCAAAAAUACCCAUACCCAAAUACACAGAUCAUUUAUUAUAGCCCGUCCAAUUUGCCCCUAUUUGGGUGUGAGCAAAAACACACUGUUUUGUGUGUGUACCUUUAAAUGCAAAUGAGCUGUUGCUCCCUACUCCCUUUCCAGAAGAGGGCGGAGCUUUUACAGCUUGUGCUUCUACAACAGUGUUUCUCAACCACAUUCCUGGAGGCCCACCAACACUGCACAUUUUGCAUGUCUCCUUAAUUAAACACACCUGAUUAGGGUUAUCAGCUCAUUAGUAGUGACUCAAAGAUCUAAAAUGGGUGUGUCAGACAAAGGAGACAUGCAAAAUGUGCAGUGUUGGUGGGCCUCCAGGAAUGUGGUUGAGAACCACUGUUCUACAACAUAACUGGAAAAUCAUGUGCAGCCAAAAUAUCAGAAAUUGUCAGUAGCAGUGUUCAGCCUUAUAUGUUCAUCCGGAGUCAGACACUGAUAGAGACUCAGGGAAGACCAACAGGACGUUUCUGAAAGGUUAGUUGAUGAUUUAUGUAGUUGUUGUGGAGAUAACUUUAUUCAACUUAUCGAUUAGCAUGUUCCAUCAUGAUCAUCUAUAAGUUGUUGUACAGGUGCUCAUGUGGGAAUUGUAGUCGGAUGUCUACAGAGCCAGAGAAUAUGCCAUAUGGAGAUAGAACAGAUAUCGUUUUGUUUAAUUACAGUUAUAAUUUAUAUAAUCAUCUUUAGCCACAUUAGCCAUACAGCAUGCUAACAAGCACAUUCAGAAGCGCGAUUUGGAAACAUUCACAAAAUAUGAAGUGUGAUCCUUACUUUUUCUGGAUAUGAAGUUUGAGUAUCAAGUAUUUGUACUUGGUGUCUACCAUUAUCUUUCAUAAUCAACUUAUGUGCAAAUCCAGCGUUGAACAGACCCUUGUUUGCGAAGCAUAAAAUUAUAUUCACAAACAUACAAGACUUUACCUAAAUUCUUCUGCAGUUCAUCCACUGCGUCCUCAGAUGCCAAGAGUCUAUGGAGACUCUUAUGUUCAUUGGUACAUCCAAAAACAGAACAUUGUAAUGUUUAUCUGGCGCAGAUAUUAUAUCAAUAGGUGCUAUAGCGAGGAUAUAAACAUGGCGGACUGUGUGCAGCUCACUCGGGACGGGAUCUAUGAUGAUAGAGCAGAUUGUCACCAGUCAUGGGUAAGCCUUGUGGGAAUCUGGAACAGUGUAUUUUCAGACACUGCUUAUGAUUUAUGGGGAUUAUAAAAAAGGAGUGCGUGGAUUUUUACCAUUAUAGGCUGGUUGUUUACACACACUGUGGACACACAUCAGUGUUCACACACCAUGUAAAAGUAAAUUGUGCACAAUAGGUCUCCUUUGAGAACAAGGAGAAGCUACUGCCGGUUUUUCUGUGUGUGUGUGUGUGUGUGUGUGUGUGUGUGUUCAGUACUCACUGCUGUGUGUGUGUGUGUGUGUGUGUGUGUGUGUGUUCAGUACUCACUGCUGUGUGUGUGUGUACUUGGAUGGGUGAAAUGCAGAGCACAAUUUCGAGUAUGGGACAGAGACACCGUUCUUGGCUACACGUCACUUCACUUCAAAUAUGCAUUCAUGCGUUUUCAUUCAUACAUGGUUACCAAGUUUUAGUUCUAAUUACUUAAGUUUUAUCAUUAAUGCUUGAUUGUUUACACUUCAUUUUGUAACCUAUCUGAAGACAUGGUUCGGAUUGUUACUUUUCCUGUUUGCACUAUUUUUUGCCACUGUUUGCACCAUGAGAGUAUGAAUAAAUAGAGAAUCUGUG